AUGGAUGGAGAACAUAUCACCGAACGACCCCGACCAGGCUUUGUCCUGGCAGACUACGUCGUCUUUGCUGCCAUGCUGCUCGUUUCCAUGGGAAUAGGGCUUUUCCAGGCCCUGAAGAAGAAACCGGGUGAUGCUAAGGUGGAUGACUUCUUCACCGGUGGCCGUAGUAUGCCAGCCGUACCCGUGGGAAUGUCACUGUGUGCCAGCUUCAUGUCAGCUGUCCAGGUCCUGGGAGUGCCAGCCGAAGCCUCCCUCUAUGGUUUUAAGUUCCUCUACAUGUGCCUCGGGCAAACCAUCAACUCCUGUCUGACUGCAUACCUGUUCCUGCCAGUAUUCUACCGCCUUGGUAUCACCAGCACCAAUGAGUACCUCAAGAUGAGAUUUGGCAGAGAGAUGCAGCUGCUUGGAAGUGUCCAGUUUAUAGUCUCAACACUGCUCUACACAGGAAUUGUGAUCUAUGCUCCAGCCUUAAUCCUGAGCCAAGCCACUGGGCUCAAUAUGUGGGCAUCCCUCUUCUCAACUGGGUUCAUUUGUACUCUUUACACCACAUUGGGGGGCAUGAAAGCAGUCAUCUGGACAGAUGUGUUCCAGAUCCUGGUCAUGCUCUCGGGCUUCAUCGCCAUCUUCAUCCAGGGCACUGUUUUGGUUGGUGGGCCAGCAAUGGUUUUGGAGAUUGCCAACAAUGGAUCACGAAUGAACUUUAAUGAUUUUGACUUCGACCCAAGGAGGCGAUACACAUUCUGGAGCUUUACUGUUGGCGGUACGCUGUUGUGGCUGUCCAUGUAUGGUGUGAACCAGGCACAGGUACAACGCUACAUCUCCUGCAGAACUGAGCGACAGGCCCAGUGGGCGUUGUUUGUCAACCAAGUGGGCUUGUGUCUCGUUGUGGGCAGUGCAGCCACCUGCGGCAUUGUCAUGUUUGCCUUGUACUCCCACUGUGACCCUUUGAAGUCUGGAAAGAUUGCUGCUCCAGACCAGUAUAUGCCAUACUUGGUGCUGGACAUCUUUCAAGACCACCCUGGUUUUCCUGGUCUUUUUCUGGCUUGUGCAUACAGUGGCACCCUGAGUACCGCCUCCACCAGCAUCAACGCCAUGGCAGCUGUUACCAUGGAUGAUCUACUGAAACCAACUCUAGCCAACAUGUCACAGAAGAGGUUGAUUUUAAUUUCCAGAGGGCUGUCUUUCAUGUAUGGGGCUGGAUGUAUCACGGUGGCUGCUCUCUCAUCCUUCUUGGACUGGGGAGUUCUUCAAGGGUCCUUCACAGUCAUGGGAGUGGUCAGUGGCCCACUUCUUGGGGCUUUCAUCCUGGGGAUGUUUGUUCCCGCUAGUAACAGGCCGGGCGUGUUUAGUGGCGUGGCAGUGGGCUUCUCCAUCUCCUUGUGGCUGGUCAUUGGAUCAACCCUCCAUCCUCCCAGUCUGCAGACCAUGGGAGUCCUGCCCACCUAUACAGAUCAGUGUCCGUCAAGUAACAGCACAGUCAACAGCAGCCUGGGCAUGGACACACCCUCCGCCUCCACGCCGCUUCCCCUGAGUCUGCAGAACUUUUAUUCCAUGUCCUACCUCUACUUUGGUGCUGUGGGGACAAUUUCAGUGGUGCUGGUUGGGGUAGCUGUGAGCUAUGCAACAGGACCUACCAAGAGAAAUACCAUUGACCCUGGCUUGCUCUGGUGGGACUUACAACAGAAAACCCUGGACAGUCAGAUGGACAAUCCACAGAUAGUGCCUCUACACCACUUGCACAAUGAAGAUGUUGGUGAAAAAGAGGCCCUGAGCGCUACGCGGAAAACUACCUUAACUCAAUGUUCCCCCAAUAAAGUAUAG